AUGGUCAGACAACUAAAACACCACGAGCAGAAAUUGCUCAAAAAGGUCGAUUUCCUUAACUGGAAACAGGACAAGGGCCACAGAGACACCCAGGUCAUGACCCGGUACCACAUCCAGAACAGAGAAGACUAUCACAAGUAUAACCGCAUUUGCGGCGAGAUCCGAAAACUCGCCAAUAAAUUGUCGUUGCUACAGCCCACGGAUCCUUUCCGCAUCAAGCACGAGCAGCUUUUGCUCGAAAAGCUCUAUAACAUGGGCGUUUUGUCGACCAAGUCCAAGAUUUCCGACUUGGAGAACAAGGUGACUGUGUCUGCAUUUUGCCGGAGAAGAAUCGGCGUGGUUAUGUGUCGAAUGCGGAUGGCGCAGAACAUGAAAGACGCCAAUACGUUUGUGGAGCAGGGCCAUGUCCGUGUUGGGCCCAAUGUGAUUACAGACCCGGCGUACUUGGUUACGCGCAACUUGGAGGAUUAUUUGACGUGGGUCGACGGGUCGAAAAUCAAGGAAAACGUGCUCAAGUACAAGAACAAGAUCGACGACUACGACUUGGCCUAG